AAUAAUCAUUCAUUUUCUUUUCUGUUCUGGUUCCAAACAUAGUGGACAGUAAAACCUAAAACCCAACCCUUUGGAAGCCUCCAAACACAGUGUGAGUGCUCUCAGUUUUGAUCGAGCCUCAAACCCUAGAAAUUUAUCGAAGGUAACGACAAUGUCUCGAGUUUACGUUGGGAACUUGGACCCGCGAGUUACAGAAGGGGAAAUCGAAGACGAAUUCCGGAUCUACGGUGUUCUCAGAAGUGUUUGGGUUGCAAGGAGACCACCUGGUUAUGCCUUUGUUGAGUUUGAUGAUCGUAGGGACGCUCUCGAUGCAAUUCGUGCAUUGGAUGGGAAGAAUGGCUGGCGCGUGGAGCUUUCGCAUAAUUCUAAAGGAGGCAGUGGUGGCAGGCGCGGUGGUGGUGAUGACUUGAAGUGUUACGAGUGUGGUGAACCUGGUCAUUUUGCACGAGAAUGUCGCUUGCGCAUUGGUUCACGAGGCUUAGGGAGUGGGCGUCGUCGUAGCCCCAGUCCUCGACGUCGCGGAAGUCCAAGUUAUGGGCAUAGGAGUUAUAGCCCUCGUGGGAGAAGAUCUCCACGGCGUCGCAGCAUAACACCCCGUCAUUCCCCUUAUGCCAAUGGCAUGUCACCUGGUCGAGGCCGUAACUACAGCAGGUCACCUCCAUAUCGCCGUUCUUAUCGUGAUUAACCUUAUGCUAAUGGGUAUGUGAAGAGAUUAAAGGCUGGGGGAAGAAGUGAUGCAACAUGCAGGUGGACAACAAAAGAUGAGUUCUGUACUAAUACUGUAGUCCUGAUAGGAGGAUAGGUUAGCAAACAACAGUAGCGUUAUUUGAGUUCAUGUCGUGACAGUCGGAUGUCUCUUUCAUAUUUUAACACAAUAUUAUUUCUGUCUACUAUAUGACAUGUCGGAUGUCUCUUUCGUAUUUUAACACACAAUAUUAUUACUGUCUACUAUAUGUUAGUGUCAGACUUCUGAACUUAUAUACUUGAAGUAGAUGUUUCCAAGAGAUUCUGAAUUUUGUGUUUUGAGAUCGAUUUUAGGCUAAAUCAGCAACAUUUUGCUA